AUGGCCACCAUCACCUGCACCCGCUUCACGGAAGAGUACCAGCUCUUCGAGGAACUGGGAAAGGGAGCCUUCUCCGUGGUGCGCAGGUGCGUGAAGGUGCUGGCUGGCCAGGAAUACGCUGCCAAGAUCAUCAACACUAAGAAACUCUCGGCCAGAGAUCACCAGAAGCUGGAGCGGGAAGCCCGCAUCUGCCGCCUGCUGAAGCACCCCAACAUUGUCCGGCUUCAUGACAGCAUCUCCGAGGAGGGGCACCACUACCUGAUCUUCGACCUGGUCACCGGAGGGGAGCUGUUUGAGGACAUUGUGGCCCGCGAGUAUUACAGUGAGGCCGAUGCCAGGUAA